AUGAGUAGCAUUCAUAUCACUCUUUCUUUUCUCUUCUUGUUCAUUUUUAAUUUUCAAGAGCUGUUUGCGGCUCCCACUAGACACUUGUGUCGUCCUGAGCAAAGGGAUGCCCUUCUCGAGUUCAAGAACGAGUUUGAGGUUCGGAAGUCUUCUUUUGAUGAGUGUUAUGUUAAUGGUAGCUAUGUAAGCCCUUAUCCGAAGACGGUGUCAUGGACAAAUAACAGCGAUUGUUGUUAUUGGGAUGGUAUCAAGUGUGAUGCCAAGUCUGGGGAAGUGAUUGAGCUAGACCUCAGUUGCAGCUGCCUCCAUGGCAGGUUACAUUCGCAUACCAGUCAGAUUCCGUCAAUAAUUGAAAACCUUUCUCAUCUCACCUCUCUCGACCUUUCUUAUAAUCAGUUUUCUGGUCAGAUUCCGUCUAUAAUUGGAAAUCUUUCUCAUCUCACCUCUCUCCGUCUACGUUUUAAUCAGUUUUUCUGGUCAGAUUCCGUCUUCACUUGGAAAGCUCUCUCAUCUAAACUAUCUCGAUCUAUCUCUUAA